AGUGACGUCUAGCUUUCCGUAUCGGGAGUUGCCAGGGAUGGAAGUCUUAGCGGGCAGUUCUAAUUCUAGAAUUGCUUAUAUAAUGCAACGGGCAAAAUCUCAUUCUGGCCGAUGGACCAAUCAUCAAUGAUAAAGCAAGUCAUGUGAAGGGACACUCUUAGUCAGCAUAUGCAGCCUCCGGAGAUGGAAUUGCGAGAUGCAGCAAAGCAACGACAUGGGCGCGGAUGGCGAGGACGAAAGCGCAGAGCCUAAGGCGUUGCUGCACCUCCCUGGCCUGAGACGACACAGCUGUGCAACGUUUGCAUUGUUCUCUCCAUGCUCUCAUCUCGCCGUGGCUGCAUGGGAGAACAAACCCACAGCAUGGAUUGUCUGGAUACAUGCAUUCAAACUCCCUCGGUUCCAGUUGUCGGGGUUAAGACUGACAAUCAUCGGAGCAACCAGCUGCGGUCUCGCUCGUGAGGUGCAGCGUUCACACCCCUGGCUGUGGCUGUUUGCAAUCUGCCUGCACGCUUCGGCCUGCUUGCUGCUUACUUACUUCGCAGGCUUGGGGUUAUGCGCAAGGACUUGAUUCUAAUCCGGUGAUCGUGCACGCCUUUCUUCUUUGCUCCUCGUUAGAAGGCUCAAAGGUCGAAAGCUUGUAUCCACCUAUCAACGGGCCAAAGACAUUCUCUGCCCUGUGGGUCGCGCUUUUUCAAACUUUUAGUCUGCAAUCCGAGCAAGCCUUACUAGUGUUGGUUGAAACAUCAAAGAGUCAUUUCCAUCUGAUAAAAACUCCCACCCAACUUGCUGGUCGUAUUUGUCACCCAUUCUUGCGACUGCACGCUGCUUCCUUCUUUUUCGUCCUCGCCCAACGAUAUUGAGCGUAUAGACGAAUGAGUUGCCCGUCUGCUUGCAUUUGCUUGUCGAUCUGGUAGCAAAUCAGCGGGGGAAACCUUUAUCAUUGGUACGUCAACUCCGCUGGUGAACUCUCUUCUGGUCAGAGAGGGGAGGAAAGUCGAAUGAGCAUCUGUCCGCUUAAUCGAUUCAUGAGGCUGGCCAAAAGAAGAAAAAAAAAAAAUUGUACAUGGGAAAUACUCGUGGCCGUGGAGUUUAUUACCGCCCUGUGUCUGCUUAUGCUAACCCGGUAUGUGUUGCUAGUAUCGAGCUCCAGGAGUGUAUACCCUGGCGCCUGGAUAUGUUCCUGCUCGACACCACGAGCGGUAGUGAAGACGACGAUAUAAACCCCUAUCUAAUUCCUGACCGCCCCCAAUGAGCUUGUGGGUGCUUUGUAAGGCAUUCAAAUACAAUGGUCUCUGAAGAUAUUACCAUGCAGUCGCCGCAGGAGGAACAGAAAAUUCAGGAGCAACACUCAGCGUCAGCCGGAGGUGAGGUUGAAAGUUCUGAGGACCAUCAUGGCCAAACACCAGAUACAACGCAAGAACCUGAGACGACGGAGGGAACACCAGCUACCGACUCACAUCAGUCGUCACUGGCCAUAACAGUCCAAAAAAGAAGAAGGGUCACAAGAGCCUGCGAUGAGUGUCGCCGUAAGAAGAUAAAAUGUGACGGCAAGCAACCUUGUACCCACUGCACUGUCUAUAGUUAUGAAUGCACAUACGACAAGCCAUCAAACCGACGAAGAAAUCCUGCCCCUCAAUAUAUCGAAGCCCUCGAAAGUCGACUUCAGAAAGCCGAGAGGCUCCUGAGAGCUCUUGUUCCCGAGAUUGACCUUGAUGACCCUCGAUAUGACGGGUGCUGCGUCGAAGAAAUACUUGCUCUCCUCAAAAAUAAUACGUCAGAGCCACCUAGAAAGCCCGAGCCGAAGUUACCGGCAGCCGCAGAACCGUGCGACGAAUCACUUCUAGAGUCAAUGGUAGAUAAUACGGGCUCUCUUGACCUUGACGAUGAAGGACAUUGGGAUUAUCAUGGUCAUUCCUCCGGGCUUAUUUUUGUGAGAAGAGUCCGGAAACAAAUAGGAAAUAUUGCUCCGGAAGGGCAGCUGCCACAGAAACUCCCUCGUAUGCCCCUCAGAUUGGAGAAAAUGAAAUCAACUUCAGAGUCUCCUAUCGACACACACUUGUCUCCCGUUCAUGACUUGCCAUCGAAGAAGGAGGCGCGAAAGUUUUGCACACAUGCCCUUGAAGAUGCGUGUUGUAUAAUGCGUUUUUUGCAUAAACCAACGUUUUGGGCAAUGUUCGACCGUGUAUAUGAUACCCCGCUAGAACAAUUCUCAAAUGAGGAGAAUAGCUUCUUACCGCUUCUAUAUCUUGCGCUUGCUGUUGGAUGCCUGUUCCGAGGACCGGGAGACUGCACUUUGGAGAAAUCUGGAUAUGAAAGCGCUGUAGAUCAAGGCUUCCAAUAUUUUAAAGCUGGCCGACAGUUGCUUGAUAUAACCGAGUGUCGUGACCUAACCUCUCUUCAGGCUGUUUGCUUUAUGAUUCUUUUCCUACAAGCCUCUGCCAAUAUUAGGACCUGUUAUUCUUAUAUUGGAAUUGCGCUCCGUGCUGCUGUCCGUCUUGGCCUCCACCGCUCGGUUUCUGUCAAGUUCAACCCCAUUGAGCUCGAAACUCGCAAACGGAUUUUCUGGGUUGUUCGAAAGAUGGAUGUCCAUGUCAGCACUAUCCUCGGCCUCCCAUCAAUGUUGAGUGAAGAUGACAUCGACCAAACCUAUCCUAUGGCUGUCGAUGACGAAUUUAUCACCAAGGAUGGCAUCUUGUCUAUGCCAAAGAACUACAUUUGCCUUAUGCACGGUGCAAAUGCGCACAUGAGACUCGGCCAUAUCAUGUUGAAAGUGAUGAAAUAUAUAUAUCCUGUCAAAGUCACGACGCACGGCGAUAACCAUACCUAUAUGGUAAGCCAUUCAAAGAUCCGAGAACUUGAACGAGAUCUUCAGAAAUGGAUGGAGGCACUGCCCGAUGCCUAUAGACCCGGUGGUGAAGCGGCAAUAGAGGUGGAGAGAAUGAGGCAACUCCUCCGUAUAUGUUACGCUCAUGUUCAGCUGGUUAUGUAUCGGCCUUUCUUACAUUAUGUCACUGGUGGUUCCAAAGGCCAAGAAAUCGACAAGCGAUCUUAUGCCUGUGCCGCUGCUUGCGUUAGUGUUGCGCGAAAUGUUGUUCAUAUCACUGCUGGUAUGAAAAAGAAACAGCUUCUCAACGGAUCGUACUGGUUUACGAUGUAUACAACUUACUUUGCUAUCUUAACGCUCCUAUUCUUUAUCCUCGAAAACCCGGAAUCUGCAGCGGCCAAGGACGGAAUUUUGAAAGAUGCCUUGGAGGGGAAAAAUGUGCUAGCUGGUCUCGCAAAGAAGAGUAUGGCUGCAGAUCGAUGUGCCCAGAGUCUGAAUUCUAUGUUUAAGUAUCUUCCGGAGAGACUUCGAAAUAGACAGGCUCUUUCGUCCCCGCUAAUCAACCGGAAGCGUACCCAGACGCCCACUCCUAUCUGUUCAAAUAGUUCUUCUGGAAGCGGGAACAAGACACCACCCCUGCAGACCAAAGCGCCUGAAGAGUUUAAUGCAAGUUUACCACCACGAGCAAGUACCUUCCCGUUACACGUUACACCAAAUAGAGCGGCUAUUGUUCAAAAUUCUCCAGCUGGAGAUAUGUCAGUGGAGAACGCAAAUAGUGCCUCGAAUGGCCCCUUCAAAUGGACGGCUGAUAUGCAAGGUUUAUUUGGCCCAUCUUCUACACCCCGGAUCUCAUCAUUGGCUGAUACUGAACAAACUCACGUAUCAUCCCCAUCUUUGGCUACAGUAGGAGGCAUAGGAAACUCGCAAUCACAAUCCGCACCCAAACAAGAUAUAUCAUUUUCGCCGCCAUUUAAUGGCUCAGCACCUCUGCCUGACCUUAUGCCCAUGAUGUUCCCUUCCGACGACCCGUUGGCCUACCCCACCCAACCAAUGUCAACCUUGGAAGACGACCAUUUUAAACAGGACAAUAACAGCAAUGGUGGUCAAGGGCAAUUUAUGUUCUCUUCAAACACAUCCCUACAAUCUGUAAUGGACAGGGAUGGUUUGAAUAAAUCUAACACGUCCUCUUCACCUUCGUUUACAACUACUCCCGGACUGUCCAUGGUGAGCCCAGCAUCCUCUCAUGACCCAACCUCAGUUAGCAGUCUGCCUCCCCAUAUAAAGGCAGUAUCCGCCGCCUUCCCAGGCAAUACACAAAGCCCAACAUCGGAACCCCAACAAAAUACAAAUGCCUACCAAUUCAUGGGCAACCCCGACCUUGUCACUAUCCCCGGCCAUUCUUUCAUUUGGCAAAACCUUGCUGCGCAAGGAGCCCCAAACAAUUCAUACCAGUACCCCACAUCCGACCCCUCUUUCCAAACAGCAUCAGAUGACUUUGUAAUGGGUCUUGGUGCUGGCCUCGAUAUGGCCCUAGACACCGACAUGAAGUUUGAUAACUUAAUGGACCAAUUUGGUGGUGUGAGCACUAACAUUGGUGGAGAUAUAAAUGGAGAUGGAAAUUUGGGCGUGUCCUCGAAUGAUUGGGCUCAAUGGGGGAACUGGAAUUCGAACGGUGAUGGCAGCAGCAACGAUAAUAAUGCUAGUAACAAGGACUAA